AUGGUGUCAUGUCCCAUCUGCGCAAAGAAUGUCAAAGAAGCCAAUAUCAACGCCCAUAUCGACUCAGACUGCCAGAACUUUGUCAUCGAUGACUCGUCAUUGAGUCAGGGUGACUCCGCGUCUUCUCAAAAGAAUGGCACGGCCAUUAAUUUCUUCCAGCCAUCCUCUGCUCGCAAGGCUAGUUCUACCGUCAUUCACCCAUCAACGCUGUCCACACCGUCUCGCAACAAUGAAGUUUCAAAGCCAUCACCAGCACAAGAUGAUCUAAAACGAAAGCGAGAGCUAGAGCCUUCUUCGUCGACUGCAGAGCCCGAAGAUGCCACCGUCAAGAGAUCCAAACCCACGGCGUUCCAACGAGCAGCCCCCUUGGCAGAACGCAUGCGUCCCAAAUCCCUCGACGAAGUGUGCGGACAAGACCUGGUUGGGCCCAAUGGCAUCCUACGAUCUCUAAUAGAGCAGGACAGGGUACCUAGUAUGAUACUCUGGGGCGGUGCGGGUACAGGAAAGACAACAAUUGCAAGGGUAAUUGCAUCCAUGGUUGGCAGCCGCUUCGUGGAAAUCAAUAGCACUACCAGCGGCAUCGCCGAAUGCAAGAAGAUAUUUGCAGAAGCGAGAAAUGAGCUUGGCUUGACGGGGAGGAAGACCAUACUGUUCUGUGACGAAAUUCAUCGGUUUUCAAAGACUCAGCAAGACGUGCUUCUUGGACCAGUGGAAAGCGGUGUUGUGACGCUCAUUGCUGCGACGACGGAGAACCCCAGCUUCAAAGUUCAAAAUGCUCUGUUGUCUCGAUGUCGGACAUUCACGCUGGAGAAGCUUACGAAUGACGACCUUACCUCCAUCUUGAAGCGCGCCUUGGCUACAGAAGGCUCGACCUAUUCGCCAUCCGAGUUGGUUGACGACGAACUCAUUAAAUAUCUCGCCACAUUCUCAGACGGUGAUGCUCGAACAGCUUUGAAUCUGCUCGAGCUGGCCAUGGGCUUGUCCAACCGUCCCGGCAUGACGAAAGACGUCUUGAAGAAAUCACUUACAAAGACACUGGUCUACGACCGAGCCGGCGACCAACACUACGACACCAUCUCAGCUUUCCAUAAAUCCAUCCGUGGCAGCGACCCUGACGCAGCUCUAUAUUAUCUUGCACGCAUGAUCCAGUCCGGCGAGGACCCAUUGUACAUCGCUCGUCGUUUGAUCGUCGUCGCGUCCGAGGAUAUUGGCCUGGCUGACAACUCCAUGUUGACGCUCGCCAUUUCCACUCACAGUGCGGUAGAAAAAGUCGGUCUGCCUGAGGCUCGAAUCAAUUUAGCCCAUGCCACGGUCGCAAUGGCGCUCUCGAAGAAGAGUACGAGGGCAUAUAGAGGCCUCAACAACGCGUUUGCGGCGUUGUCAGAACCUGGGGUCGCGAGCUUACCCAUUCCACUCCACCUCCGCAACGCCCCCACAAGGCUGAUGAAGGAGCUUGGCUACGGCAAAGAGUACAAGUACAAUCCUAAUUACAAGGAUGGCCAAGUUGUUCAACAGUAUCUGCCAGAGAGCCUGCAAGAAAGAAAAUUCCUCGAAGACAACGAUUUGGGCGAUAUCGUUGACCCUGAGCUGUUUAGCUAG